ACAUUUUUUUUUCCUAAGGAAAUGAUUGACAUUUGACAAAUAUAUUUGAUCGAAAUAAUGCAAGUAACAUGCGACAUGAGACACACAAAUACACAAUGUUUCGUGGGAAAUUCCUUUAAAAAAAAAAAAACGAUUUUGUCGAGUAGCAAUCACCAAGGUAAUCAAAUUUGGCUCAUCCAAAAAAGACAACCAUGAACCAUCUACUUCUCAAGCUCUCCUACCAAAUCAAACUUAAUUGCACUUCUCAACAUUGGUUUCUAAUCAAUAACCUCAUAAAAAAAAAAUGGCAGGAAUAAUUUCAUCAUCUUCUUACAACACUCAUCACAAACUUCUACUACAACCAUGUCAUCAUCCAUCAUCACAAACGUUGCGCCGGCAAAACAAGAAUCCAAUAAAAACUUUAACCAAAACCCGAAUGAUGAAAAUCGCGGAAGAAAGAUGUGGAAUGAGAUAUAUGGCGGUAAUGGGUGAUAAAAAUAAUGGUAGAGUAAGGCGAAGAUGGGCGGAAGCGGUGAAGUGUAUGGCGGCGGAGGGAGGAGGAGUGAGUGGUGCACCACUAGUGGUGGAGAAGUAUAGAUAUACGGUGGUUUGUUUGGUGGCGUUUGUUAUGUGUCUUUGUAAUGCAGAUAGGACUGUAAUGUCGGUUGCUAUUGUUCCUUUGGCUCAUACUAAUGGUUGGUCCACUUCUUUUGUUGGAAUUAUUCAGUCAUCAUUUCUAUGGGGCUAUAUAAUAUCCUCUGUAAUUGGUGGAGCAAUAGCAGACAGAUUAGGAGGAGCACGAGUAAUGGCAUGGGGUGCUGGAUUGUGGUCCUUGGCCACUCUUCUUACUCCAUGGGCAGCCAACCACUCUGCUGCCACCCUCUUGGUUGUUCGUGCUGUUUUCGGCCUGGCAGAAGGAGUAGCUUUCCCUUCCAUGAACAUCCUCCUAUCAAGGUGGUUUCCAAUCCAUGAGCGUGCAAGAGCUGUGGGAAUCUCCAUGGCAGGAUUUCAACUUGGAAAUGUAGUAGGCUUGUGCCUUACUCCAAUUUUAAUGUCAGUAGUUGGAAUAUCAGGACCUUUUGUGCUGUUUUCUUCUCUUGGACUACUUUGGCUGGUGGCAUGGGCUUAUGGAGUUGGAAGUGAUCCUAGAAAAAGCCGUUUUGUCAGCAAGUUAGAGGUCCAACUUAUCGAAGCUGGGAAGGCCGUUGAUUCUUCUAACAGCAAUGGCAAAAGCCAUCGUCUUCCAUUAGUCCUUCUCUUAUCAAAAAAGCCUUUUUGGGCAAUCCUUCUUGCCAAUAUUAUCAAUAAUUGGGGAUAUUUUGUUCUUCUUUCGUGGAUGCCUAUUUAUUUCAAUACUGUGCUAAAUGUGAACCUAAGAGAAGCGGCAUGGUUUAGUGCUAUUCCAUGGGGAGUGAUGGCAGUAUCGAGCUUUGUUGCUGGCUCAGCAUCUGAUCAUCUAACCAAAGCUGGCUAUUCUUUGGUAUUUGUUCGCAAAAUGAUGCAGUCUAUAGGAUUUAUCGGACCUGGAUUAUCAUUACUUUGCCUAAAUUAUGUCAAGACUCCAGGAAUUGCAUCUGUCAUUCUUACAGUUGCUCUGAGCUUGAGUUCUUUCAGUCAAGCUGGGUAUUUCCUCAAUGUACAAGAUAUUGCUCCAUAUUCAACAGGGCUUGUUCAUGGUAUUACAAAUGGAGCAGGGACAUUGGCUGCAAUAAUCAGCACCAUUGGUGCAGGCUACUUUGUGGAAUGGCUUGGAUCUUUCAAAGCAUUUUUGACCUUGACAGCAAUGCUUUAUUUUGCUGCGACCAUCUUUUAUAAUCUUUACGCCACUGCAGAACGAGUGGUUUGAUAUCCGAGCUAACCGAGAUCAUAAAUUGUACAGAUAUGUUAAACUCAAUUUCUCAAUGUUGUAAUUUUUUUUCCUCCCAGUCUGAUGUAUUAUUCAGCCUAAUUAUUCGAAAAUGUGUAUUUGUAACUCAAAAAUCAUAGAGAGUACAAAAAUGGAACAUCUUGUUUCUUUUACUACCUCCAUUUCUGAAAGUUCUCAACAUUUACGGAUUUUUUAGCGUUGUUUGCUGAAUAAUCCUUGGGAUUUUUUACGAAACUGAGCCCUAUUAGCAAACUAUUUACGAAUAUAGACGCGUGGCCAAACUAUUUACGGAAUUGAGCUUCUGAGGUAAAACGCUGCCUCGGUCAGCGUUUUACCUCUGUUAUUAUUUUUUUUUUAAAUUUCUU